GACAAGAGACCGACAAGGGGGCUGGCCUGACGCAGCCAGGAAAUAUGUGACGAGAAAGAAAGAAUUUGUGUUUGGGAGUUGGCAAACACACACAAGCACUCUUUUCGCCACUCCUUGCCUGUUUGGUCCCGCAACUAACUUUCUGUUCAAGCAUGCUCCCCCUACAGGCCGCAGCGGGUCAGUUCGGUCCGGAGGUCCGGCAGCCGGGCCUGCGGGUGUGGAGGGUGGAGAAAAUGAAAGCGGUCCCGCUGCCUUUGUCCGAGGUGGGGGUGUUCUACAACGGCGACGCCUACUUGGUUCUGGAGAACCGCGGCGAACUGGGAACCGAUCUCCACAUGUGGUUAGGGGAGAAGUCGUCACGUGACGAGCAGGUGGCGUGUGCCAUGCUGGCCACCCAACUGGACAACUUCCUAGGUGGGGACCCGGUUCAGCACAGGGAGGUCCAGGGCUACGAGUCCUCAGACUUCAUGACGCUCUUCCCCAGAGGUGUCAGCUACAAGGAUGGAGGCGUGGAGUCGGGGUUCAGGAGGCCUCAGAAUUCAGGGACGGCGGUACAACGCUUGUAUCAGAUUAAAGGCAAACGCAACAUCCGUGCCAAGGAGGUGGAGCUGUCCUGGAAGAGCUUCAACAAGGGCGACUGCUUCAUCUUGGACCUCGGAGAGGUCAUCGUGUCCUGGAUCGGAUCGCAGGCCAACGUCUUUGAGAAACAGAAAGUGCGGGAGAUCGCCUCGCUGAUUCGGGAUGCCGACCGACAUGGCAAAGCUCGCAUCGUGGACUCCGUCGAGGGAGAGGAACCUCCCGAAAUGCUGAAAGUUUUGGGAGCCAAGCCCAAGCUGGCCGAAAGCACCCCGGAGGAGGACAGCAAAGCGGACGCCUCCAACGUAGCCUCCCUCUACAAGGUAUCGGACGCAACCGGCUCCAUGUCGCUGACCAAAGUGGAAGCAAAGAGCCCGUUUGCCAAGGAGCUGCUGCUUCGAGACGACUGCUUCAUUCUGGACAACGGCGCCAACGGCAAGAUUUUCGUGUGGAAAGGAGUCGGGGCCAACGGCAAGGAGAAGCAGGCGGCCUUGCAGGUGGCAGACAAGUUCAUUGAGCAGAUGAACUACCCCAGGAUGAAAACGCAGGUGGAGAUCCUGCCCCAGGGGAAGGAGACCAUCAUCUUCAAGCAGUUUUUCAAGAGCUGGAACUGAUGACCAGAUCACAUUUCCUGAAACAAAACAAAAAUUCUGAAACAAACCUUUUUUUUUUACGCAUUGACUGAAAUGUUCAAAAUGCAAGGUACAUACUAUGUCAUUCAGUCACUUUUAUAAACCGAAGCGGCUUCUGCUGUCGCUAAAAUAAUAAAAAACGACUCUG